GUCAUUUUGGGGCCAGGGCAUUUCACUGCUGGUGUGAGACUUUCUAGAGCUCUCUUCCCUGUUGGACGAUGACUGACAAUGUUCAAGAUGCUGGCUGCCCCUUCAGUCUGGAUCUCUGAAUGAGUAUGGUAAUCCAGGGCUCUCAAAAUGUUUGCCAAAGCCACAAGGAAUUUUCUUAAAGAAGUUGAUGCCGAAGGCAACCUGAUUGCAGUAUCAAACUUGAAUGACUCUGAUAAGUUACAACUUCUAAGUCUGGUGACCAAAAAAAAGAGAUUCUGGUGUUGGCAGAGACCCAAGUACCAGUUUUUAUCAGUCUCCCUUGCAGAUGUGCUCACAGAAGACCAAUUCCUGAGUCCAGUGGUCGUGGAGUCAGACUUUGUGAAAUACGAGGGCAAGUUUGAAAACCAUGUGAGUGGGACCAUAGAGACGGCACUGGGGAAGGUGAAGAUGAAUGUCGGAGGCAAAGGCCUCGUGGAGAGUCAGUCUUCGUUUGGAAGCCUGAGGAAGCAGGAGGUGGACUUGCAGCAGCUCCUCAGAAAUGCCGUUGACAGGACGAUCAAUCUGGAAAACCCUGUGCUGAAGCAAGUGCUGGAGAGGAGGCACGAGGUCCUGUGCGUCCUGAUACAGAAGAUAGUGACAACACAGAAGUGUGUGAUAUCGGAGCACGUCCAGGUGGAGGAGAAGUGCGGCGGCAUGGUGGGAAUCCAAACCAAGACGGUGCAGGUGUCAGCGACGGAGGAUGGAACCGUCAUCAAGGACAGCAACGUGGUGCUGGAGAUCCCGGCUCCCACCACCAUUGCCUAUGGCGUCAUCGAGUUGUAUGUGAAACUGGAUGGCCAAUUUGAAUUCUGCCUCCUGCAAGGGAAGAGUGGUGGCUUUGAGCACGAGAGGAGAAGCGACUAUGUUUUCCUGGACCCACCCCUGCCCUUUCGAGAGCUUGCAUUUCUGGACGUGCCAGAUGGUGGGCAGGGGCCGCCUGCCCCGGAUGGGCCAUUGGGUGUUUUAAAACAAGUGACUCAGCCCUUGGAGAGGAAUUUCCAGCCCUUUGUGGAGCUGCCCGAGCACCAGCGGACGGCAUUGCGGGGUGUCCUUCAGGUGGUCCUAUUUGAUGAAGAGCUCCUCGCAGUCCUGGAACAAGUGUGUGACGACAUGCUCAGCGGCCUGUCGCCCACCCUGGCGAUACUGGGGGCGCUGAAGCCCCCACAGCAGCAGGACCUCACGGCCUUCCUGCAGCUGGUGGGGUGCAGCACGCAGCAGGGCGGGUGUCCCCGCCCGGAGGAUGCCGUCAGCAACCAGAAGCUCUUUUCCGUGGCCUACUUACUGGUCAGCGCACUAGCAGAAAUGCCAGAUAAUGCAGCAGCUUUGCUGGGCACCUGCUGUGAACUCCAGAUUAUUCCUACGCUGUGCCACUUGCUCCGUGUGCUGUCUGCUGAUGGAGAGUCUGAUCUUGAAGACGCAGCCCUGGCUCCUCUGAGGAAUCCAGAGAGGUUUGGGCUUGUGCAGCGCCUGCUUGCCGCAGCCGACAUUGACCUGGAGCGACAGCAGUCGUCCGUGAAAGCUGUCACCUGCAAAGUCCCCAGCGUUUUCCCACUCGUUCUUUAUAUAAGCCUGAGUGGCCUCUGUGCGUUAGGCAGAGCACAUCGAUAAUGUCACGUGUGAAUCACAAGUACAUGUUAUCAGCCCAAGGAUGGGCGCCUGUCAGCAUCAUUAACAUGCUACUUUGGGGCCUAAGUCAGAUUCCCGUUCAAAGUGGAUCAAGGAAAUGAAUUUACAGGAGUUUAAGAAGUGGUGGCUGUCUGUACUACAUGAAUCACCUUGAGUUUAGCCACUGGGCACCUGUGAAUGGUUUUCUUUUCAUAAGAGGCCCUCCUGUGCCUGUGACUUGGUGUGCAAGUUCAACUCCAACCCCCUGAGAGCUGGAGGAGGGCUGAGAAUUCUAAGCCACUGUACAGACCUUUCUUCUGCAGAAAAAUGGGUUCAUCUAUCACUUAUAUUUCCCACUUCCUUCCUGUUAUACAAAAACAGAUGGGUUUAACACUACGAUCCAAAAAUUCAUUUUAAAUUAUGGAUGCUGUGGGAAGGCAAUUUCUCUUCACAGAAGGCCACGUUUUGGAUGUGCCGCAUGCUAUGCAGUGACUGAAGGAUGAACUGUAAAUUCCCCUAGAGAACAUAUAUUCUUAUGCUAAAAAAAUUAUACUAAAGAAAUCUAGUGGCAGGACACCCACAGGGGGUCUUGCUCCAUGCAUUUUAUUUGGCUUUGUCAUGCUGUGAUGAGCACACUAAUUCUACAUCAAGAACAGUGUGCUGAUUUUCCAUGCAUUCUGGACGUCUGAUUUGUCAAACCCCACAUAUUGUAUCAAGGGAAACUCUGAACUGUGUAUAUGUUGCUUUGGAUUGUUUCCACAUCCUUGUACUAUAAAUAGCCUGGACUAUCUCCCCGGUGCCCCUGGUUCUAUUGCUAAUAUUCAUGGGGGGACCUGAAGCCACCCUGCUUUCCCUUAGCAGAAAGCAGCUAAGCCCUCCUGCCAGAAUGCGCGUGUUGUUAGGAGCAGGGAGGCAGCGUGUGUGGGGGAGGGGGAGGGAUGGGGGAGGGCAGCAGUUGUUGGAGAGAAGCAUGUUACUCAGCACAUGUUCUUUACCGGAACAUCAUCUACAUGUUCCCUUCCUGCCCGUAAGCUUUUAGUGAACGUUAACAAGGAAGAAAUGAAGCAAAUAACCCUUCUAUCACUUCUAUUAAAAAUGAAAUUAUGCAAAUACUUCUGAUACGUGAGGAAAAAAAA